AUGUCGGACACAGAGCAGGAGUGGAAACCCAACCCUCGCCGCCCGCAGUCCACCAUGGCUCAGGCUUUCUCACUCGCUCUCGAUAGUGCUUUUAUGCUCGAUAAUGAGGUCAAUGAUCUGACACAGUCUAUCGAACUCAAGAAACAACGCAUGACCAUUCAAACACGGGAGCUUGAAGCCCUUCAAGCCCGGAUUCGCGAGGCCGAAGAACUUCUACAGCAAGAACAGGCUGAAAAAGCCGCGGCCAAAAACGGUGAUAACAAUACUCUCCACGGCACGGAUCAAGAAGGCCGAGAUUCUGAUACUUCGGCAGCCACUUCGCACGACAUGGAUGAGCAUGAGGAAGACGGCAACGGAAAGCCACGUGCUUGA